GUAUGUAGUUAAUAAGUUGACAUGCGUACAUACUUUAUACACGCUCAAGCCCGCCUUUGCAUAAACUACCCCGAUGACCAAUGACGAGGGUUAUGCAAGGUUCGGAAAAACUUUAUGCAUCUGCGACACUCUCUCUCUCUCGCUCGCUGAGCAACAUCCAAUUGAAGCACGUCAAUUGCGAAGCUAUCCUCAAGCUCACGAUCGCUCAAGUAGACAUACCUCUUUCGCGACCGGCCGACGACAACACACUUGACAGGCAACCCAAUUGGCGGACCGCUCCCCUCAAUUGCCAACCAACAACAUGUCGGGCAAAUACGCUUUCACCAAGGCCCUGAAGGAGGUCCGGUUCCUCUUCUGUCAGACUGGCGAUCACAGCGCCGCUACGAGGUCCUUCCUCACCCGCGCGUAUCCCACCAUGAAGAAGAACAACCCCAACACCCCGAUCCUGCUGCGCGAAGCGGCCGGCACAUCGCCAAAGGUGUAUGCGAGAUAUGAGCUUGGAAAGGAGAAGAGCCAGUCGUUAGAAGGCCUGUCAGACAAGCAGAUCGAGGAGGCAGUCACAACGCUGGUCAAGAACAGCACCUCAUGAUUAGUAAUACCAAGACAAAUGCAAAAAGAGCUACACGGCAUGUACGAUCAAUCGGAUACAGAGGACGAGAGGAUCACGGGUGAACUGGUCGGAAAUAGAGGCCCGAGGUUGAUAUGACUAUGAAACGUCUGUGAAAUAUAUCUGCUUCUACACCAUGUGUACCUGCACCGUUAUGCCCCGAGGAAGCCCAGCCUGUGUUCCAGUUUGUGACUUAAUCAGUACGAUCCCCGCUACGAUAUCUGUCCAGCU